UGGGAAAUUUGCCAUGGAUCCUAUCAUGAGAACAGGCAAAGCAAGGGGAUGCUGCCUUCUCCCACCUACGGGUAAUGGCCAGAGCAUCCCAGGCUCUCAGCCCUAUGCUUUUAAUUUCUCUUUCUGCAGCUUUUUGGACCAGAGACCUUCAUUACUGCCCUUGCAACCCAUAUUUGUGGUGGCACUGGCACAGGGUAGAUGGGAGAGGACACAAGCAAGGGGAAGAGGGAAAGGGAGGGACAGAACAUGUGUGGCUGAGGACCUUAAGAUAAUAAUUAUAUAUAAACUUAAGAGCACACGGUGUAGCAGCUGAAAAUACCAUUCCUCCCUACUUUGAAGCAGAAAUUAGGGCAGAAAUAAACAUUAAAAAAAAGGUUCUUUUUUAAAGGAAUUAACUGUCAAUGUGGCAAAUACCACCAAGGAGCAGCUGUAUUUGGAGAAGCAGCAGCGACUUGGGUGUGAGUUUGUGAGAUUGUUUUUGAUGUAAUCCAAAAUUGCAAUUAGGAAGGAGUUCCUGUGCCAUUUGUAACCCAUGAAAGAGGCUGGAAAAUGAAUUUAAAAGCUGCCCAGCUGCUUGUUAGGUGAGCGCUGUGCUGCUGGUGGGUGCUGAGCCCCCAGGAGGUGGUCAAGCUUGGAUGGUCGCUGUGCUGCCAACACCCCAUCUCUCUCAAAAAGGUAUUUUUUCCCAUCGCCAAGAAUGACGAAGCGUUUUAUCCGAAGCUUUAUCGGGCCAAAUUCUCCGUUGGAGACGCCGAUCUGACACAGGGGUCAUAUAUGAGCCUUUCCCUGGCAGGGAGACACCAGGCAGCACAUUCCUCUCCGUGUUUCCUUAAAUAGGGCUGGUAUUUCCCUCUGCCCCGCAUGUGAUCCGCCUGUAAGCUCACUCAGCCUGCGCUAACCCACCGUAGAAGAGCCCCGUGGGUUAAAUCACCCCACGCUUAAAAAAAAAAAAAUCCCCAAGGAUCUCGUUCUGCUGCCUAACAGGUAAGUGUCUUUUUGGGGACAUUCGUGGCAAAGCUGCCACCCACCCUGGCGUUGCUGAGAUGUUCUUCCAGGGAUGGAUAAAAAUUGGGUUUUUACCCUGCGUGGUCGAUCUGGGUGGAUUAAGCUGAUGACAAGGGGGGGUCGUGUUGCUGCAGGAGGCUUCCGGCUCUGUUUUUUUAGGGAUAUUUAGCAAUUCGAGGUAGUUUUCACCUUUGAUAUGGGGUUUGUGAAAUAUUGGUGUCUUGCUGGCUGUCCCACUGCCUUUCUGCCUUUAAAGCAGCUUGGCUUCUGCUCUCAUGGGAAGACUGCACCAAGCUCUCUCCUAGCGGACUCCAGAGGAGGAGAAGGCACAAAUAGCAGGUUAGAACCUGAGCUUUUUGGGGUGAAAUGUCUGUUUAUGCUGGGUGGGAUGCUUGGCUCCUUCCUUAGCCCCCUCAGGACUGGAGACACCAAUCUGAGACGUCUGUGCCUGUGAUGGAGAGUCAAGAGAGAUGAAGCUUGUGCCAGAUGCCUGAAAGACAGAUGUUAAUAUCCAUAUUAACAAAAAAAAAUAUAGGGCUUGCUAGCGGGCAAUCCAUCCCUUCCAAAAAUCAACUUCUAGAAGAGAUUUGAGCCUCCCCCUACUUCUCCUUCCUCCACCCAUGCCGAGACCUUCGAUAUUUUCACCCCAGUGCAGGUGGCGAGGGGAAGAGAAAGGGGAGGGGCUGGAGAUGCUGCCAUGACUUCUGCUGCUUCUCGAGUGAGGGAAAGGGGAGAGGAAGGCACCCAUCAUCACACCACCCCGAAUCAUCGACCAGAUCCUGAACACCUGAGCUGCGACUCUGCCGGUCGUGGAGGCGGCACGGCCAAAUCCUGGCCAGAGCGAGGAAGGCUUGGAGACGCCGAGGCCGCCAGUCACCGAAACCAUCUCAGGAAAGGGAAUUUCCAGCCCAAACUCCACCUGGAGCAUUUAGAGGAGAAGCUGAAGCUCUUGGGUCUGGAAGGAGGCGGGGAGGAGGAGCAGCUCUGCUCGUGGCGUAAGAGGACGUUCACCUUCGGGGGGGAUGCGAAAGCAUCCGGCCGCAGUGCACCGAGGGCUCGCGGAGGAGCCCACGGAGAGGAACCUGCCCAGGACAGGGUCAGGCCCGUGGAGCAAAUUCAGAGAGACUUGGAGAGCCUCAAGAAACAAAGGGAAGAGCUUUUGGAAUUGAAAGCAAGCAGGGAGAGGCGAUGCCAGGGGUAUUUGACACAGACAGAGGCCGAAAGGCAGAAAAUUGUGUCCGAAUUUCGGCAGCUGCGCCGGUUUCUGAAGGACCAGGAGGUCGUCCUCCUGGCCCAGCUGGGAGAACUGGACAGGGAGGUGAUGAGGAGGCAGGAGGAAGCGGAGGCCAAGGUGUCAGGAGAGAUUUCGCUCCUCGAUAUUCUCAUCUGGGAGGUGGAGAAGAAACUUGAGCAACCUGUGAGCGGAUUCCUGCAGGGUGCCAGAAGCACGGUGGGCAGGUGGGAGAUGGGCAGUGGCCGGAGGAUGUUGGAGACCUUCUCGGACCUGGAGCGGAGGCUCCGUGUCAUUUCUCAACAAAAUGACAUCCUCAGAGAGGUGCUGGGGAGAUUUCAAGACAUUUUACCCUCUGAACUGGAGAAAGAGGUAGAACCAUCUCUAGGAGGAGAGGGAAAAGCAUUCGUGACUCUGGACCCCGACACCGCCCACGCGAGGCUCGUCCUGUCCCGGGACCGACGGGGGGUGAGGUGGACAGAUGCAGGGCAGGAUUUGCCCCCCGACCCCAGGCGAUUCAACGUCUCCUGCUGCGUGCUGGGCUGCCGGGGUUUUGCCGCGGGGAGGCACGGCUGGGAGGUGGAGGUGAUGGCUGGUGGGACCUGGGCCCUCGGCGUGGCCCGAACUUCCCUGCCCAGGAAGGGCUGCUUGGAGUUUCGGCCGGAGGAGGGGAUCUGGGCCGUGGGGCGCUGCGGGAAUCGGUUCCGAGCUUUUGCCUCCCCCCCAGCCACCCUCCCCACGAGUGGGAAUCCCAGGAGGAUCCGGGUGGUUCUGGAUUACGAGGAGGAACAAGUGGCUUUCUACCUUGCUGAGCAACUCCCCCCUAUCUUUACUUUCCAAAAAGCCUGCUUUGGCGGGGAGAACAUCUUCCCUUUCUUCUGGGUGGGGAGAGGCUCCCACCUCCGCCUCUGCCCCUGAGUGCUGAGGGAAGGGAAAGGGGCUCCUCAAUUUUGGGAUGCUCGAGCAUCGCCAUCCCCUCCCCGAUGCAGGCAAGGGGAGAUGAGCACCCCAUGUUCUCCCAGGGGCUUUGUUUUGUGCUCGUGUUAUUUUUAUGACAUUAUAAGUUUUAUGACAUUAUAAGUUU